AUGGCUGAAUUUUCGAUUGAAAAAGUGUGUCAAGCAAUCCAAGUUUUUAAUUAAGGAUAAGUUAAAUAAACAGAUAGUUAUCUAAGAAGUUUCUCAUAAUCAAAUGAAGCUUGGGGAAUUUGCAUUCAAAUAUUGUAAUAAAAUCCUGAUCCAUCAUUGGUGUUUUAAUUGUUGCGUAUAUUGUAAUCCAAAAUUCUGUAUGACUUCAGUAUUCUAAUCUUAUCAUUCAUUAGUUUCACUCAAACCAUCAGAAAUACCACAGAUAUAUAAAAAUUGCAUUCAAAUCAUACUUCACUACAGCGUAUAAAAUUAAAAAUCAACUAGAAUAUAAUGUGUACUUAUGUUUAUCUAUUUAUACUUGUACACUUACUCAUAACAAACUAAAUCAAUUUUAGAGUAAUCAUAUUAUAAAUCAUUAGAGUCAUAGCCUAAAUUCUUGAUUACUCUCAAAACAAUAGUCCUCAUUAGAAGUUCUUAUUUGAUGUUUUGGAGACACUCCCAGAUGAACUAACAGAAAAUAAAAAGAUUAUAAUAGAUGAUGAGAAGAGAAAAUUGAUAGCAUAAGACAUUAAAAAUAAAUAAAUGUUAGAUAUACUAACAUUCCUCCAAACUUAAUGGAAUACCAUUCCUGAUGAUUCUAUUAAAUAUCAUAUUUUGAGAUCUUAUAAAAAGUGGUUGGAAUUUAUGAAAUCUAGUAUCACAGAAGAAGAAGUAAUUAAACAAACUUAAAAUUAGGCAAUUCAAUUUAUGUAAUUAAGUAGUCAAACUACACUCUUCAAAGGUACACUAGAAUCUAUAAGUAAUGAAGAAUUACAAAGUAAAGCUGUUGAAGCAAUUUGUACAUUUGUUGGUAUCAUUCCAAAAACUAUAUGUGAAUAACCAUAAUUAGAACCUUAGGUUUUAUAAGUAUUAUUUGAUGAAAUUUAUAAAACCUUUCCUGCUUGCAAAAAAGCAUUAGAUGAGGAAACAUAUGAUGAAAUUCAUAAUUUAAUUAAAUUAUAUUCCAAAGUUGGUAAAAAGUGUAUACAUAAAAUUAUACUUAAUUCAUAAUUGGAACCAUUUUUAUAAACAUUCUUAUGGAUAUUUUGUCAUGAAAAUUCAUGUACUGAAAGUGAUAUCUUAAUGGAUUUUUGGAUUAAAAUGAUCAAAACCAUUAGAAUAAUGAAUGAUUUGUAAUUAUAAAAUAAGUUUUCAUUAACCUUUGAAUAACUUAUUAAUGGAUGUGUAUAAAAGAGUAAAGUGAAUAAAAUACUUAUGAAUGAAUAUGGAAUUUCACCAAAAAUUAAAGAUGAAUUUGAAUAACAAUUAGAAACCAGAUCAUAAAUGAAAGAAAUUAUGGAAGAAUUAGUUACAAUCAUAUAACCAAAUCUAAUUAUUCAACAUUUAGGAGGUAUACUUAAAAAAGAAUUCAUUCCAUAAAUGAAUGAAAAUGGUUGGAUUACAUUUGAAGCUUGUAUGAAUUUAAUAAGUGGAAUAAUUAAAUAAAUUAUAUUGAAAAAUGAUUAGAUUGGAGUUUAAUAUUUAAUGGAGAUUAUUAAAUUAUAUUUAGAUGUCUAUCAAUAAUAACCAUAAGCCAGCAAUAAUUUUAUAAUGAAAUCAGGUAUUAUAUUAAUUAAUUAAUUCAAUAUUAGUUUUCAAAACAAUUUCAUAAGGUUGUGCUUAAUUGAUUUCCUCAAAUGAAUUAUUGCCAUCAUUGUUUAAUUUUAUAACAAUAGGAAUACAUCACUAAGUGUCUUCAGUUUAAAAGAAAGCAACUAAGGCUUUUUAAUUGAUUUGUUAAUAAAAUCAAAAUUUUGUUUUGUUACAUUUGAAUUAAUUCUUAGAUCUAAUAUUUAAAUUACAAUAAGUGUAAUCUUUAUUCCUUUAAUAUUUAGCUCUAAUUAUGAUAAUUUAAUUAAAGGAGUAGCUAAUGCAAUUUGUUCAAGUUAAGAGACAAUGUAAAAUUAUUACUUAAAAUUGUGUUCAAUUUUUGCUUAAAAUUUAGUACAAUUACAAUAGUAAAUUGAAGAAUUACUAGUCACAUAAGUAGGAUCUGAUACUUUGGAAGAAAAGAUUAAACAAUUCAGCAAAAACAUCUCUAGUUUAGCUUAUGUGAAUAGUUAAAUACCUGCUAAUGAAUCAAAUGAUUAUUUAGCAGUUAGAAUAUUAAUUGUUAAUGUUUAUUAAGAAUUAUGGCCAAUGUUAAAAUUUGGAAUGGAGAGAAUAGCAAUCUUUGAACAUGGAGUAGCAGAGAGAAUAGUGAGAUAUACUAAACAUACUUUUAGAAAAGCUUUUAAUUAAUUUUCUGUUGAUUUACUUACAUAAGUGUUUUAGAGCUUUUUGAAUGUCUAUAGAUAAGUUCCAAUAACAGCUUGCAUAUAUGUAGCUGAAGUAUCAGCAACUGUAUUUUAUAAAUAUCCUGAAUAUCGUAAUCUUUUAUCAGAAGCAUUUGAAAAUUUAUGUAAUAUUACAUUUUAACAUUUACCUCAAUUAUCAAGUUUUGAAGAGAAUCCUGAUUUAACAGAAGAUUUGUUUGGAAUGCUUGUAAGAUAUGGUAGAUAUACACCAGUUUUAUUGUUAUAAAGUUCAGCAUUAUAAACAAUUUUAUAAUUAACUUUGAUGGCAAUAGGAUUAUAACAUGUAGGUGCUGCAAAAGUAUUUUACUCAUGGUUAGAAGUAACUUUCUUAAUGUUAAAACCUUAAGAUGAUGCAUUCAAAGUAUAAAUUCCAUAAGAAUAUAAAGAAAGUAUUAAUUUUAUAUAAAUCAUUAGAAUUUCAAUAAAUAAUCACUCCAUUCAUCCCUCAAUAUACAUCAAAGUUGUUUGAGGCUCUAAGAUAGGGACCAGCUGAUGAUGAAGUGGAAGAUUAUAUUGAUGAUUGCAUAAUAGCUUUGUCCUAGAUCUCAUUUAUUGAUUAUCACCAACUUUUGAGUUAAGUUUUGGAAGAGGGACCACAAAACAUAUUGACUCAAUCUGAAAAAAAAACUUGGAUAGAAAAUAAUUAAGAUUCUGAAAAGUAAUAAUCAUUUCUAAAACUUUACACAAGGAGAUGUGUUUAAAAUUCUUUGAGAGGGUGA